AUGCUAUCCAAUUUUCACAAAUUAAUGCGGUGCUCUUCGAGCGUAUUGCAAUCAUCAGCACCUGUGGGUGGCCGCAAUGGCGGCGGCGGCGGUGCUGGUUUUGCCGCCGGUGUUGGUGGAUCCAAUUCACCAGCCUCACGCUUUAACAUCAACGAUGACGAUCCCAAUAUUGCCGCUUGCUCGGGACGCGGCGACUGUCUGAAUGGCACAUGCCUUUGCGAGAUCCGUUAUGCCGGUGAUGAGUGUAGUGGCUUCAAUUUGCCAUAUUACGCUGGCAUCUCGGCUGUUUUCUACUUUGUCGCUUUGGUGUCCGUCGUGCAGCUCUGCAUCUGCAUUGUGGCCGAGUAUCAGCGCUUGAAACAGCCGUCGAUAUUGCGCGCCUGUCGGCUUACAACACAAAAGGUCUUAUACUUUCUGGUAUUCGUGGCAUCAUCGCUGCGCGGUGCCUUCUUUACGACACCGUUGGAUUUACAGCCACAAUGGGCCAUCACACUGAUGUCUGCAUAUUAUCCGAUGUUAAUGACCUGCGCAUCACUCAUCGUUUGCAUGUGGGCUGAGAUUUUCCAUUUACGCGACAUCCGUUGGGAGAAGUCACAAUUUCUAUCGAAGAGUUUCCUCGGCUUUGUAGCAUUUAACUUAUUCCUCUACAGCUUAUUCGGCGUUGAGGUUUUUUCUUCGUUGAUUAUCAACGAUCGACAGAAUUAUGCGCACAUCUUCAACGGCUGUUAUGCCGUACUCUUGCUCAUUGUGGUCGUGUUCUUUUUGAUCUAUGGCGUCGAAGUGUUUUUCAAAUUGCGCGGCGGCUUCGUUUACGAUCAAACUGGCAAAAUACUUGGACCCAGCGAAGCGAUUGUAAAUGCCUCACAACUGCACCAGUCACGCUUGGGUUUAUUAUCACAGGCGAUUAUGUUAAUAGUCAUUGUGGGCUUCCUCACAUCAGAGACAUUGGGUGAUUUCUGGAAAACAAAAGUGCCAGUGUACUCACGCAAUUGGCAUGACAUUGUCUUCCGCAUUGUAGAGAUGGGUGUUGCUGUUUGGUUCCCUUGCUGCUUGUGGAAUUCAAUGGCGCCCGAACAGCUGUGGAUCUUAAAUCCACGUAAAUUGCUGUCGCGUCAAAUUGACCCAUCUAUACCGACGACAUCGGCGGAAACCAAAAGCCUGUCACCCGAGGAAGGUCAAUCGUUUUUGACGAAAAAAGACUGUUGGAUUUGUUAUGAUAGUGACAAGCCCGAACCGCUCAUACAGCCAUGCCGCUGCACCGGCGAUGUUAGUUCUGUACAUCAUGAGUGUCUCAAACGUUGGCUAGUGGAGAGCUGUAGUUCGCCAGAUGCGCAGUUGUCGUGUAAAGUUUGUGGUUUCCCGUAUGAAAUUGAGAAGAGCAAAAAACUCGACUGGGAAAAGGGCUUCAACAUGCAACACUGGACCAAGACAAUCAUACUGAUCACGCUGAUGUGUGUCGCCGGCGCCAGCGCCUGGGUGGUCAUUCAACUAUAUGUUGAUCCGCUGGUGCGCGUACUCACCGUCGGCAUUGCCGUGCUCAUUGGCUAUGUGUGUAUCAAGUGUUUGGGAGAGAACACAGUGGUGGCAUAUCAACGCGCCAAAGUUAGCUCAAUUAAUAUAGUGACGAAAUCGGAAAUGGAAAAGCUACACACCAUCUGUCAAGAUGUGGGCGAACGGCCAACAACAACAGCGGCAGCGGCGGCGGCCGCAGCAGCUGCAGCCAGCGUUGGACCAACACCAACAACAAGCGCUAUGUUAGCCAACACUGUACAAUGAUUAUGAACCGCUGAGGAGGGGGGCAGCAGUGCCGUUGAAUCGGAGCACACACGCUUGUUGAACGGUGAAGGUGAGGAUGAGCAACAGCAACAACAACAACAACGACACGAGCGUUUGGUGGAAGUUGAACAGGUGAAUGGGCGGUUGACAGUAGCUGCCACGAAAAUAGCACCACCGAAUACGAUUAUUAGUCUGACUAAUGUAACAGAGAAGAAACGAACUAAACACUAACUGACUAACGCGGUAAUGGCGAGGCGAAGUAAAUGCGACAGCAAUAACAACAACAACAAUUACGAUUGCGAUGAUGGUAAGACGUGAACGACAGCGUAUGCGUUCCAAGGCAAGUUAAUUAAGUUGGACAAAGGCUGUCUAUUGAAACAGCUAUGACUUUACACAACAACAGCAAAUUACUGCAGCAAUUAUGAGAAGAAAAAAAAUUAUAAAAAUAGAAAUACAAUAAGAUUACUAGUUCGGUUUAAGCAACAUUAACAAUUAACUUUCAUUCAUACAUACAUACAUAGAUACAACCAUAGAUACAUACAUUCACAAGGACAACUUAAAAUAAUCGCCAGUCGAGCCAAAGUAAACAAUCGAACAAGCCAGUAAGCACAAGCUGUGAAGAAAGCGCAAGACAAGCGUAUGCAGCAACGAAAAACAACAAUAACAGGAACACGAAGUAGUGCUGGCAGGAGGAGCUAAAACAACAACAAUAGCACUAACCUUUAAUGGCUCAGCAUAGCAAAAAUAUGUAAGUGACCAGCUCCUAUUCAACUUUUUUUGAAGUCAGAGGAAUAAAAAUGACUUAAGACGUAAGUUUGUGCCAAUGCUAAUCAAAUUUACAAAAGAAUCCAAGUACUACGCCUCGUUGUGGUUAUUUUAAGUUGUCGUUUGUGUACAAGCGCGAGCUGCUUGACGUUAGUUGAAGGAGAAAAAAGUGUGAAAUUUUUCCUACAGUCGCGUGCAUUUUUCAUGUUCAUACAUAAAUGUAUAAAUUAAUUGUAUUUACAAAAUCAAAGCGAAAAAUCGUGAUCUGCGCCAUUGAUUAAUUUCAUGUUUCUUUACACGAAUUUGUUUACUCGAUUCUCUAUGUUAAUGAAAAUAGAAAUUUUAUUAUGCAUAUUUUUUCAUUUUUUGUGUGUUUGCAAACUAAAUUUUAAGCAAUUUUGUGCAACAAUUAAUUUUUUUUCGGCAAGCACUCAAAUAUCGCAAAUCAAAAGAUGUUCAAAUUUGAAAAAGAAAUAAAUA